AGUAACUCAGUAAAGUCUUUGAAAUUGUUGCCUUUCAAUAUUGUAACGACCCUUAUAAGCGCAAAUCCGCGCUUAAUAACCCUUUUACUUUUCAUAUAAGGAAAUAUGUUCAGCUCACUUGUCAUUUCAGACGAGCACGCACACGGUGGGAAAUAAGCAGCAUGCACGCGCAAACUGUCUAGACUGGAGUUGGCURCUCCCSGCGCGGGACAAGUAGUAAACUGGUCGCUGGAAUCCUUGUAUUCUGUUUUAUACAGGAAUAUUGAAUGAAAAAUAUCCACAGAAUGACAAGGCCAACUUAGCAGUAGCCAUGGUUACAUGUAUUUAGACGGAUAAAUUCACAUUUUAUGAAUGAAGUGGACUCUUCUACGCAGACAGUAGAUUGCAGAGGCUCAGUCAGAUGGUGAAUAACCAGAGUGAGGUGAGCAGCUGGGAGCCCUGAUGCCUGCUCUCCCAUUUGUGUCCAGAGGUGACUGAAGGAGGGCGGCAUGUCUCUGCGGGAGUCCCCAUUCCCCAACUGCUUUGUGGAGGGCCUCCAUGCAGUGAGCUGGGGUCUCAUCCUGCCCUGCUUCUGGUUCCUGGACCGCCUCAUUGCCGUCUGCAUGUCCACCAGCCUGGAACGCACCCAGCGGCAGGAGCAGGAGUGUUACCUCCACCCUCUCAAGGUGUMCUUCGGCUUCAUCCUCUUCCUCGCCCUCUUCCUGGUCACGGCUCCCCUGGCCUUCCUGGGGUURCUGCUUUGGGCUCCCCUCCAGGCCGCCCGAAGGCCCUUCUCCUACCACCAGGAGCCGCCAUCGAGGCCAGCACCAGCCGAGGAGGGAGAGAGGAACCUGGGCUUUGAGGCAGGGGCCAACAAGGCCACUUUUGGUUUUGCUACUGCCAACCUGUGCCUAUUGCCGGACGGCAUCGCGCGCUUCAACAACCUGGGGCACACGCAGCGCCGUGCCACCGCCAUCGGCCGGAGCAUCGUGCAGGGCGUGAACCGGCCACACAUCCGCAUCUUCGUGGACUCUCCCAGUAGCUGUGGCACCCUCAGCCCCUCCAGUAGCCUGCUCCCCGGCCCCUCCACCACCAGCCCUGCCUCAUACGGCGCUACAGACCCAGCCUGCCAGCCYCCACCCCAGGCCCAUUCAGARGAGGACCAAGCUGACGGAGCGGUCCCAACAACGACGCCCCCCAAGCCCAGUGACUCAAACUAUGUGGUGUACGUGCCCUGUGACGACACUGAGGAGUCUUCCCAUUCUCCCGCCCCCGUCAUCAACACCAACCACAACUCCAAUCAGCAGGACCGGAAGGGCCACAGGAACCCUCCGCGGGCCCUACGCACUCAGGGGGUCGCCCAGCGCGGUCAGGCUGGGCCAGACGACGUGCCCUGGGAGGUGUCCUCUCUCUUCCCGGCCAAUGUGGACAUCCUGUGUCUGGAGGAGGUGUUUGAUAAGAGGGCAGCUGUGAAGCUGACCAACACCCUGGGGCCCCUGUUCAACCACAUACUGUAUGAUGUAGGGGUGUACGCCUGRCAGCCUCCCGGCAGCUGCUCCUCCUUUAAGUUCUUCAACAGCGGCCUGUUCCUGGCCAGCCGUUACCCAMUGCUGGAMGCCCAGUACCACUGCUUCCCUAACGGCCGGGGGGAGGACGCCCUGGCUGCUAAAGGCCUGCUCUCUGCCAAGGUGCUAGUUGGCCAGAAUCAGAAAGAGAAGAAGCUGGUUGGAUAUUUUAACUGCACACACCUCCAUGCACCUGAAGGUGAAGGGGAGAUCCGCUGUGAGCAGCUCAACAUGCUCACCAAGUGGAUCKAGGAGUUCCAGGUGACCAAUAGCAAGCCUGAUGAGGUGGUCGUGUUUGACGUGCUUUCUGGGGAUUUCAACUUCGACAACUGCUCACCUGAUGACAGUCUAGAACAGAGGCACAGUCUGUUUGAGGAGUACAGAGACCCCUGCAGGGCCGGGGGGGCCGGACAGGAGAAGCCCUGGGUCAUUGGCACUUUGCUGGAACAGCCUACUCUGUAUCAUGAGGAUGUAAGGACCCGGAAUCUUCAAAGGACCCUGGAGAGAGAGGAGUUGAGGAAGCAGUACAUCUCCUCUCCUGUGGCCCUGGAAGGCUGUCCCAUGGUCUACCCUGAGUUGGGUCAGCCUUGGGUGGGGCGCCGCAUCGACUACAUCCUCUACAGAGAGAGCUCCAUCUCCAAGCACUGCCGAACUGAAAUUGAGGAGUUCACCUUUGUGACCCAGCUUGCUGGCCUCACCGACCACAUUCCAGUGGGCCUGAGGCUCAAUGUGUUCCUGGACUCAGACACUGCCCAGUCCGAAUGAGUGACAACCCAAGCCUGAAUCCAUUUGGGGAGAAGGGAAAGAUAUGUACUUCAUUCCAAAUGGCACACUAUUCCCUAUAUAGUGCACUACUUUUGACCAAAGUCCUAUGGGUGCCAUUUGGGAUGCAGACAUCUACUAUGCACCACACACACCACACGGGUACAACAAUUUUCACAGCAACAAUUACAAAGUAAACAGACCAAUGAAAAAUGCCAAGGGGUUAUGUUGGGGGUGAGCUGGCCUGUAUCCUCAGUCAGAGAGAUGGAAUGGGCAUCCCAAAUGGCACCCUAUUCCCUAUAUAGAGAUGGUAGGGCAUCCCAAAUGACUCCCUAUAUAGUGCACUACUUUUGUCAGAGCCCUAUGGGGAAUAAGGUACAGUUUUGGACAAUAGCAUUGUCUGAUAGCUGCUGGAUUAAAACCGAUAUUGAUUUGCUGGUGCUGCAUACAGAGACCAAAUGUAAGCUGAGUAAUGACAUGACUCACUGAGUUAUAUAUGCAUGUGGGCCUUUUCAGGUCAGGGGCAUUGAUAACUCCAUUUUAUACAGUCAAUCUUACUUUUGAUAAAUUGUUGGUACUGAAAAUAUUUUAUAUUUUUUCACUCUGAUUUCACGAUAAAGCCUGUGGAAAAUAAAUGAUCUCACUGAAAUGCACCAAA